AUGGAGUCAGCUCAUCGAGGUAGCCACUGGCUGGGUACAAGUUGGAUUAUGCUAACGGACAUUGUGGGCACUUCGGUGCUGACAUUUGCAGGAGUUGCCGCGCAGUUGGGAUGGGUGUGGACCAUCGUCUUCAUCGUUACUCUGGCCCCUGUUGCCAUUUACACGGCACUCCUCAUGUCAAGGACGGCGAGUGCUUUGGCCAAAUUGCCAGGAGGUGCUCGGCCGGCAUCCAUGGGCGAGGCCGCCCGGAUGACGUUAGGCGGAGACAAAGCUGCAUCCGCCACGUACUUCGCUGUUUAUGGAUUCGCAUUUCUCGGCCAGAGUUCCUACAUUCUGGUCCUUGGGCAGUGCCUGCAGGGGGUGUUCUUCCAAAGCCAGCUGUGCCUUCCAACGGCUACUGCUUUGUCCUGCCUCAUGUGCCUUCCUAUAGGGGUGUCUGUGAGACACCUUUCCGAUUCGGUUGCCCUUUGUUUCCUCAAUUUAUUCCUCAUCGUCGCAGUCCUCGCCAUUGUCAUGGCAAAGAUGUACUUGGACGGGCGACCAGCCGAGGUGAACACCUUUGCUUUCGCAGAAGGUCUGUCGUUCUGGACCGUAUUCGGUGCAGCCUCCAAUGUGGUCUACUCUUACGCAGGCCAUUGGCUUUACUUCGAGCUGAUGGCAGACAUGCAGACGCCCGAGGACUUUCCCCGGGUCUUUCUCAUCAAUGCGCCGCUCCAGGUGUUCCUCUAUUUGUUGGUGGCAUGCUGGGGAUAUCACUUUGCUGGCGACAAGGCCGAAGGUUACUUCCUGGACAACCUGCCAGACGGAGAACCUUACCGUUGGGCAUCAAUUCUGCUCUUCGCGCAUGUGGCCAUUGCAUUUCUGGUAAAGAAUGUCGUGAUCUGUCGUGCCCUUCAUGAGCGUCUUGCUCCCAGUAGGGUAAACACCGGCUUUCGAGAGUCAGGAGGCGUCCGAGCACAGGCAGAGUUUAGUGCCAUUGUGGUAUUCAUUUUCACAAUCGGGUGUCUGAUCGCAAACUCCAUACCGUUCUUCUCCGACAUGUUGGCGUUGAUAGGGAGCUUGCUCAGUGGGCCGAUCUCCUUUCUCUUGCCGAUAGCUUUCUGGAUUGGGACGAGAAGGGCUCUCGCCGUUGCAGAGCAGAUGUCAGUCAGAUCAGGUUCGUGCGAACUGGGCGAGAUGAAUGGAGAAGAAGCGUCAGAGUCCGAACAAGGCUCUUGGUUUCGGUGGGGCCAUCUAGACCUUGUUAAGGUCACAAGCGGGCAGGGGCCCGAGCUGCAAGAGUUGCCAAGAGCAGUUCGAGCUCCCCAAGCCCCCAAGCAACAGUCGUUUCCUGAUAGCGCCUAUCUUUACGUGUCGAAUCUUGUCCGUGGUGUAUGGGUGUGGUAUGGUGCCGUUCUCACGCUCCUCCGGGUCUGCCCCUGCUGUGGUGUCGUGAUGCCAAGGGCAGCAAGGAGUGACAUCCUCCCAUGCGCAGCCAUCGCGGCUUUCAUCCUUGUCACCAUGGGGCUAGGCACCAGCCACACCGUCAACGAAAUCUUCGAAAAUAUUCGCAAGUACGGACGCCCCUUUGACUGUCAAGCACGACAUGCUCGCACAGGCGAUUUGCUGCAGAGUGUGCUGAACGGGUUCUUUCUGCUGGAGUAG